AGUUGAAUAUCUAAAUUUGAGUUACAAUUUACUUACAUCCAUUGAAUCAAACAUGUUCUUCAAUCCGAACCAUCUAAAGUAUUUGGAUAUAAGCCAGAAUUGUAUCGAAAAGUUAAAUUUAAAAUUGAUGAAACAAUUGCACAUUUCAAUCGGAAUUUUGAAUGAAAAUUGCAUGUUCAAUACGUAUACAAUUGUUAUAUCGCAACGUACACUUUAUAUAAUUGGAGCAGUCAUAUUGGUCACUAUUCUAAUAGGGAUUAUACAUUCAAGACGGUUCGUCAAAUGCUCAAGACAGAAUUCGGAAACUUCAAAAGCGGCUGAUUAUGAUCGUAUUUCAGGUGCAAUAGUUAAUGACAUCGACACGGGAUACAUAGAACCCACAAACGUAUAUGAAGAGAUCAACAGUAUAUUUUCAGCACGAGAAUCCAGUAAUUAUAUGACCCCUCGCUCAACGGCACGAAGAUACAAUCUCUAA